GGUUCGAGAAACUCCGCCGUAAAGCGUGCGGAUUCGAACGUAGAGAUACCAAGGCAGAAGAAAAAGGAAAGCAAGCUCAGUUCAUCUGCCAAGCGCACAGCAGUGGAAUCUGACGGAGAGACACCGAGGGCUAAGAAAAAGCUGGUUCCAAAGAGAAAGCGUUCUGCGGUAAAGAAACCCGGCGAGGAGUGGCGCGUGAUCGACUCGGAGAGCGAGGACGAGGAGGUUAUCAAGCGCUCCAAGAACGCGUUGCAAUCCUCCUACUCAAAGCGGGUGGCCGACGGGACCGUGCGCCGCACCGCCAAGCUGAACGGAGACCUAUUCGUGGAGCUUAAGCUAUACCAGGUCGCCGACAUCAGACACGUAGACGUAAGGAAACGCUACGAGAAAGCAGUCCUCAGUCUAAAGUAUCAGGCGGACCAUAAUGCGCCGGAGUUACAGCUACUCCAACAGUUUCUCAAAAAAUGUAAACCCAAGUUCGAGACUGAGGGCUACUUUUUCGCAGAUAAGGACGUAAAAGAAUAACUCACGUCUGUUUUUCCUCUUGGGUAGGCAGAGUUUAUUUUUAUUGACUCGUAUUAUUUUGUUUAUUUGAAAUUAUAGGUAAUUAAUUAAAAUAGUGCUACCAGGUAUCAGGUUGUCCUAAGUCUUGAGUCUAAAAUAUCUUAAGAAAUAUAAACCUAAUUUGAUUUUGAAUCGUAAGAAGUUUCUUGAUUACAUUUUAGCAAUAUGCCAACUAAAUCAGUAUAUUGCUCUAUUUGUGAUUUGUCCAUAAAAAAUAAAGCUUUUUCAUCUCAUUUACGUAGCACACUGCAUAAAAAUAAUAGUUCUAUUAGGGAGUCCGAUUGCAUUGAGAGAAUAUCUAGCGCGUUUCGUAGCCGUAUCGCAUCGUAUAGGUUGAGGAGCAGUGAAAAUAGCGAGGUAGGGUCAGCGGUCGCGUGCCCUCCCGAGACGUUUUUACGCUCUCUGCGUAAGAAUGUUAGGCAGCUUAUCGAUGCCCGACGUGAUGCCUUUGAUAGUAUUAAAGUAAACUUUGAGCUUUUUGCUGAAUUUUCUUUGCCCCAGGAUGAUAGACGAGAAGUCAAAUCUUUCAACACUGAAAACAUAGUUAUUCAUAAAACGUACGACUUUAAUGACAUUUUUAAUAAAGUUGUAAAUUUGAUUGCAACUAAAGUUGACGAAUUUCAGGAAAGAGAUAGUGGUUGGUAUUUCGUUGGUAAUUUGUAUUUAGAAAUAAAUAUUAAUAAAUAUAACCCUUUGAGAGCAUCUGGGUUUAUUGAGCUUCCACAAAGUAUUAAAAUGAAACGCGCCUGUAUAAACAUAAAAAAUAAUGAUAAUUUUUGUUUUUUAUGGUGCAUUAUGGCGGCAUUGUUUCCAACCAAGUACAAUUCAAAUCGACCUUCUUCUUAUCCUCAUUUUGAAACUACACUCAGUACGAAAGGUAUGACUUUCCCCGUAAGUUUGUCUGAUGUCAAGGUUUUUGAAAAAAACAACCCAAGAGUUAGUGUGAAUAUCUAUGGACUCAAAAACAAAAAAACUGUCGUAGGUCCCUUGUACAAGUCGGUUCAUAAAAAGAAAAAGCAUGUUAAUUUGUUAUUACUCGAAAACGGGUUACGAUCACAUUAUUGUUUGAUAAAGGAUUUGAGUCGACUUAUUAGAACACAGGUUACAAAGCAUCAUGGAAAAAUAUUUUUUUGUGAUGACUGUAUGAACUUUUUUUCUAGCGAAAACAAAUUAGAUUCUCAUGCAUGCGGAAGAGUCAAAACAGUUUUGCCUGAAAAGGGUUCAUUGAUACAGUUUCAACACUUCGAACGAAUGCAAGAUAUGCCGUUUGUAAUUUAUGCUGAUUUCGAAUCUCUGCUACAACCGACCCCUGACGCGCAAAACUCUGAAUGUACCGAAAAUAUUCAAAAACACGUUCCCGCGGCGUUUGGUUACUACAUAGUUUGCUCGUAUGAUUCAUCUUUAAAUAAGUACGUAUCUUUCCGAGGGCCCGAUUGUGUUCAAAAUUUUAUUGAAAAUCUAGAAAAUGAUGUAUCUUGGAUAAAUACAAUUUUACAAAAUCAACAUAAAAUGUUGCCAUUGACCGAACAAGAACUGGAAAGUUUUUUAACAUCCAAAAAUUGUUACUUGUGUAAUAAAUUAUUAUUUGAAGAUAAGGUUAGAGAUCAUUGUCAUUUGACAGGUCGUUAUCGAGGACCUGCUCAUUCCUAUUGUAAUAUUCAGUUCAAGCUUCCUAAAUUUUUGCCUGUGUUUUUUCACAACUUGUCAGGUUACGACAGUCAUUUAUUUAUUCGAGAAUUAGGUGAGAUGCCAGGUAACCUCAAUUUACUAGCAAAAACAAAAGAAAAUUAUAUUUCUUUUACUAAAUUAUUUUCAUUAGGUAACAAUCAGUAUAUGCCCAUACGUUUUGUAGAUUCUUUUAGGUUUUUGGGUACGAGUUUAGAGAAAGCGGCAGAGAAUUUAAAUAAAAGUGACUUUAUCCAUUUAUCGCAUUUUUAUCCAUUAAAAGAACAAUUUGAUUUAUUAACGCGCAAAGGCAUUUACCCCUAUGAAUAUAUGUGCGAUUGGAAAUGUUAUACAGAAGUCGAAUUGCCGCCUCGUCAUCAGUUUUAUAGUAGUUUAACGGAUGAGACUAUUUCAGAGUCUGAUUAUGCACAUACUCAUAAAGUGUGGAAAACAUUUCAUUUAAAAAAUCUUGGUGAAUAUACGGACUUAUACUUAAAAUCUGAUGUUAUUUUACUGACAGAUAUUUUUGAAAGCUUCAGACACACCUGUAAAAAUAAUUAUAGACUGGACCCUGCUUUUUAUGUGUCUGCGCCUAGCUUGAGUCUUGAUGCUAUGUUACUCAAAACAGGAGUUAAGUUAGAACUAAUCGAUGACCUCGAAAUGAUUCGGAUGAUUCAAAGCGGCAUCCGUGGGGGUGUUUGCUUGUGUUCCACACGUUACGCUAAAGCUAAUAAUAAGUACUUAUCUAAUUACAACCCAACUUCACCAAAUAACUAUUUACUUUACAUAGACUGUAAUAAUUUAUAUGGAUAUGCUAUGUGUAGUCAUUUACCAUAUUCUGAUUUUGAAUUAAUUGAAAACCCUAAACUAGAAUGUUUAGAUAUACUAAAUAUACCAGAUGACUCAGAAGUUGGUUAUAUUUUAGAGGUAGACUUAGUAUACCCUGACCAUUUACAUGAUCUUCAUAAUGACAUACCUUUUUGUCCUCAAAAGUUUACACCGCCUGGAUCAAAAACUUGUAAAUUGAUACCAAAUUUGUAUGACAAGUUCAAGUAUGUUAUACAUUACAUUCAUCUGAAAACAUGUUUAAAACAUGGCUUACAUUUAAAGCAUAUUCAUAGAGCUAUCAAAUUUAAACAGAGUCCUUAUUUGAGACAGUACAUAGACCUGAACACAAAGUUGCGGCAAAAAGCAAAAUCGCAAUUUGAACAAGACUUCUUCAAGCUACUAAAUAACAGCAUUUUCGGGAAAACUUUAGAAGACACCGAAAAAAGGUUAAAUGUGAAGCUAAUAAACCAAUGGUUUGAUAACCACAAUAAAACCAAGAAACGUUAUACGGCAGAGCAACUUAUAGCUAGGCCCAACUACCACAGUUCCACUAUAUUCACAGAGAAUUUGGUAGCGAUUCAAAUGAAACCUGAAAUAAUUACUCUUGACAAACCUAUUUACAUAGGAUUUACCGUAUUAGAAAUAUCAAAAAGUCAUAUGUAUGAUUUUCACUAUUCUGUCCUUAAACCUUUUUACGGUUCCCACUUAAAGCUUUGCUAUACGGAUACAGACAGUUUUUUAUACUCUAUACAAACAAAAGAUGUAUAUCAAGAUAUAAGACAAAAUUUUCAGCAGUACUUUGAUACAAGUAAUUAUAAAGACGACAAUAUCUUUGGUAUAAUGAAGCAGAAUAAAAAAGUACCUGGAUUAUUUAAAGACGAAUUAGGAGGGCAACUUAUAGUUGAAUUUGUUGGUUUAAGAUCUAAACUUUACUCUAUUAAAACAGAAGCAACAGAAUUAAAAAAAGCUAAAGGUACCAAAAAAGCUGUCAUCAAAAAACUUAGUUUUGAUGAUUAUAAGACUGUAUUACUAGAUAAUUGCUUAAUAAAGAAGAAAAAUCUGAUAUUUAAAUCGCUGAAGCAUGAGAUAUUUACACAGUCGCUUAAAAAAGUAGCUUUGUCCUUUAACGACGAUAAGCGCAUUGUAUUAAAAGACAAAAUCUCUACUCUCUCGUGGGGUCAUGAGUCUAUUUUACUUUAAGCAUUUUAAUGUACCUAAUUGUAAUUAUGUGUAAGUAUUUAAGAAAUUAGGUGCCACCGAAAGGUUUCUUGUUUAUAUAAAUCAUAUUGUAUUUAUUAUGUCAGGAUCGAAACAUAAAGAAACAAUAAAAUGAAUUCCAUAAUCUCUGUUUAU